AUGGCGUUCUGGGUAGACUGGGUACUAUGGGAGAAGCUGAGCGUGGUACUAGCCAUGCUGAUCGGCCUGGUGCUCCUUUAUGCAUUUUGCGUGCUCGGCUGGAAUCGCUGGAUGAUGAGGAAAUACGCUGCAGCAGAGGCGAAAGAACCCGAGGAGGAACCUGAGAUGUACCUGAUGCUGCACAAUGAUGAUAUCCCAUUCGGCGCCAGAGCGUUGGAAAGAGGAAUAGAAGUUGAAGGAAUCUGGGUUUCAGAUCCCAACACACCCAUACAAAGCCCGUACCAGCCCGCAACUCCAGUCGGAAGUCGGCCGGUCAGUCCAGCGCCGAGAUCGCUGCAUAGCACUGUCGACCCUCCCAGGUUCUCAAUGGCAUCUCAGAAAUCCAUGAUCAGCCCACAGCCUAUCCCACCAGCUGCUCGACGUGCAGUCGCUUCCGAGCUUGAUCUAGCCUCCGCAGGCUUCACUUAUGAGAAUCACAGAUCCGGCGCGCUUUAUAGUCGAGCCAAUCUGUCCAGCCCGAAUGCCAUACCCAUGUCACCCGCACGAGAGGAGGCACUGAUUGGCAUGGAUGAUACAACAGGGGGAAAAUGUGCUAGCCUCCCUACGGGAAUAUUCCGCACAACAUCUCAUCCUGACACGGAGGACUACCGAGUAGGAUUGGAUGGCGCUGAUGAAGACACGGAUCAUGUCCCGGUCUUAAGUUUGUCCUUUUCUGGUCUUUCGUCAGAGACCAAGCGGAGCUCACGAUCCCUGAAACGUCCUCGCCGGCGAUCGUCCGAAGAGUUCCGACGCAGGAUGAGCCAGAUCUUCAACGACAGCAUCCAUAUGGGAUUGUCAUCCGAACAACUAGAGUUCAAUCCGUCUCUGCGUCAGCACCAGGGCCGCCUCCGGAAGUCGCUCCUUCGCCCUUUUCGUCCGUGGGCCAACCCUCCUGGAAAUAAAUAG